UGAUAGCUGCUGUCAUGAGCCCUCCCCUUCUGCCCACAAAACAAUAUUGACAAAUGUGUGUGGGGCGCUUGCCCCAGGAGUGGCAUGUCAGUCUUUUAUUGCCAGUUAGUCUGGCCCUGCUGAAUAAUCUGUUGACAGAAGCCUGACCAUGCUUAAAGCGCUGGAGUAAUGGCUACUUCUUACUGCGACUGCACCUCAUCCUAUAACAGCCAGAGACAACUGUACGAAUGCAGAUUAUCCCAGCAGUCCUUGUCAAAUACAUUGGAAAGUGCUGGGAGGAUGUUCCUGUGGGCUGGAGCCAAAGGACCUCAGGGAUCAGGAAAUGAAAGAAGGACCAUUUAUCAGAAGAUCAGAGAAUAUGACAUUCUGGACAAGAAGAAGACUGUGACAGCACUGAAAGCAGGAGAGGACAGAGCUAUUCUCCUUGGACUUAGCAUGAUCUUCUUUUCUGUCAUGAUGUACUUUGUCCUUGGCAUUACAAUGUUACGGUCAUAUUCAGACAGCGUUUGGACAGAGGAGUCAAGCUGUACCGUGCUAAAUGCAACUAUUAUUGGAGAGAUUAACUGUAGCUAUAGCUGUGGAGCAGAGUGCCGGAAGAGCUCCAGAUACCCAUGCCUACAGGUGUAUGUCAGCCUGAACUCAUCAAGCCGAAUACUGAGGCUGUCCCACAAUGAGGAAACCCAGGAGACCAAUUCUGAGUGUUUCUUUGUCCCUAAGUGCCGUAAAGACCACUCAACAAUGCAUGCUUUGGUACUGAACAUCUCUGAGCGUCUGAAGGCCCAGCAGCAGGUGCGUUGUUAUACAGACCCAACAGAACAGCAGGACAGCGCCAUCCUGACGCGCCUCUACGGUCGUGCUGCCAUUCUCUCAUCGCUGCUUUGGCCCACAUGCACGCUUGUGAUUGGCGUGCUCAUCGUUGCCAUGGUCAAGCUCACACAAUACCUUUCUAUCCUCUGUGAGCGGAUAAGCCGCAUUAAGAGGUAGGCCAGCCUGCCAUUGAGUCUUGAGAUGGAUCAAAGGAAAGAGAGAAAAUAGAGUGAAAAAGAGAGAGACAACUCUCUAACCACUAUGUUCCUCAUAGGACCGAUCUCUCGGUACUUGCAUCUGCCUCACACUCCAUGGAGGGCAGCAAAAAGUGCAGCAGACCCAAGCCGGAUCAGAUUUGAACAGAAAAGGGCCCAAAGAUGAACGGCCAAAAGUGGAAUGAUGGACAGAUUCUUUGGCUGUACCCAGAUUUCUAUGCCUCUAUAAGGAAUAGAGACAAUAAUGACCAGUGACAUGUUUUUGAUAUGCCUCUGCCUUCCUGUCAAAUUUUGCUAAUUAAUCUGUAUUGCGGUGAAAAGGACAGACAUUUGUCUUGGACAAGGUUGAGAUUUUAGAGACUGAAAUUUGUGGCUGGUAUUGUGUUAACAGCAAAGGCUAUGUGAAGUCUAGCUGAAUAAAGUGUCGAUUAUAUUCACUUA